CCCCUGUCGGUCGGUGUGGUCACGCACACACAGUGACGUCACUAUCACAUCCUCCUCCUCAUCACCGAGCCUCUGGUCUGUUUACAGGGUCACUCCGCUAAACGGAGAAGCCAUUUCUUGCUGUAGUGGCCGGUGGAUCUGCAGCCCUGUAUACUAAACAGGAGAACGAGCUUUUCAUCAUGAACUGCGAUAUAGAUGGAGACAUGGAGAACCAGGUGGAGAUGGAGGAGAAGACGAGGUUAAUAAAUCAAGUUUUGGAACUUCAGCACACACUGGAAGACCUGUCAGCGCGGGUCGACGCAGUCAAGGAGGAGAACCUGAAGCUAAAGUCUGAGAACCAGGUCCUCGGUCAGUACAUCGAGAACCUCAUGUCUGCGUCCAGCGUCUUCCAGACCACUGACACCAAGAGCAAACGGAAGUGAGGUCCCAGCCAAACAGCUGGGAGAGGGAACCCACCAUCGAGACAUGGAGAGGGGUUUGUUUUCUCAGCAGACCUGGGCGUUUUUUUCUUUAUUUUUUCUUUUCUUCCUGUAACUGAGCUCACUUUCCUGAGUCAAACACUAACAAUUUUAAAAAUCCAAAACAUAAACUGACUUUGUCCCCGCUGUCCGCUAGUCUGGCCCAGGUCUGUCUUGCAGCAGCUUCCUCUCCACACUACAGACGAGGUAGACCUCACCCUUUAAUCACAAAUACAAAACAAGUGGUUAAGGGUCAUUUGUACCUUGAGUUUCUUCUUAAUGCUCUGUGUCAAAGUAGGAUCUGUAAAAUAAUUCUUAGCCUCGCUUUACCUGCUUGGUUUUCUGUUUUGAGGACAAUACAGAUUUUUCCAUGCCCCCCCCCCCUCGGUUCCUGUCUCAAACUGACCUGUAAGUAGGUGAAAACCAACCAUAAUUAUUACAAAUAUUGUCCGAUCUUGAACCUCAUUUCAGCAAUGUUUUAUAUUAAUAUUUAUUUAUUGUAUAUAAUUUUGUACGUCAGCCUGAUCUGAGUUUUUCGGUAGGGCUCGGAUGUCAUGUCUAUAUGAAGCAUGACUAUUCCUCCUUUUUAAAGGCUGACAAGCUUGAGCAGUGUUACUGAGAAUGAAAACGGCAUUUGGAUCGCAUGUAUGACUUCUUUAAGUUUGAAAGUUACGUCUAUCUAACGGAAUGCCUUUUAAAUCACUAAUCACUAAAUAACCGACUGUAUAAAGCUAGGGAGAACUUUCUAACAAUAGGAGGUGGAUACUAGGUACCAUUUUGAGAGCUUAGCAACAAUGCAAGUGAAAGCACAGAGCAACUAAGAGUUGUGUAAAACUCCAUAAGAAGUGUAUGUCUUAACUAACAUCAGUGAUGUUUUUAUUGCAUAUUACAAUGACACAAGAUGUUCGUUGCGUGCUUGGAAGUAUUUGUAACCCUUUCAGUUUGUCACGUCAUGAAUGAGUGUCGGUGUUGUGGCCCAAACUGUAAUUUAAGAGUGACAAAGGAAAUGGUAGGGUCAUAAAUGCAGCUGGACUCUUUCAGAGACCCCUCCCCCCCCCAUUAUUACAUUGUGUUCUUAUUCUGUAACAUCCAUGGGGGGAGGAGGGAAGAAAGGGAUGCUUUGCCCUUUAAGUGCAAGCAGUAAAGAGGCCUUGAGUGCUAUUGAUCCACUCAGCCAGGCCUGGAAUACAUCACCUGCUAGAGGAGAGGUUUGACCGUAAAAUGGGCUGGUGUUGUCAGCGUACAGCAGAGUGGAGGGUGUGUCCUCCAAGACUGCUGCUGCCACAAAAAAAAAAAAAAAAACAACGGAACAAGGUGAAAGGAGAUUUAAAAAAUCUAAUCUGAACACAUUUGUAUUCCCUUUCAAACUGUAAACUGUAAGUAUCAAGUUCAGUAAUGUCUGGAAAGUAGUAAUUCAUGUGUAAACAUCAAGUGACUGUGGUGCUGUUUUAAAUGGGAGGAACUGGUAAUAUUACGGGAGGCUAUGAACACUGUAUAUGCUGUAAUUUAUUGAGGUUAUUUUGCUAUUUUUAACAGUUGUACAGUAGCAUUUUAUUAAUUUCUGUCUGACAUGCUGAAUAUGCCCCACCUACACACGCACACACUGUGGUACCACCUGUCUUGUGUAGACACCCUGCACCUUUGCCUUUAAACAUUUGUUUUAAUAAAAACAUAACAUCA